AUGCACAUGAAAUCUGUACGUAUAUUCACUAGAACCAUUCAAACAUGGGUGCCCACUUACCCGAUCCAUUUACCCAUUUUACACCAAAUAUUACAAAAUUGUGCAAAAGAAAAGCUUCCUAAGAAAGGAAUGGCUUGUCAUGGCUGUAUAAUUCAGUAUGCAUUGGCUGACGACACUUUAACUUCAAACAUACUGAUAAACAUGUACUCAAAAUGCGGGUUUCUUGACUAUGCACGUAAAGUGUUUGAUGAAACGCCUGAACGAAGUUUAGUUUCUUGGAAUACCAUGAUCGGGGCGUAUACCCAGAAUGGAAAUGAAAGGGAAGCUCUUGAUCUUUUUGUUCAUAUGCAAAGAGACGGAACGGAGUUUAGUGAGUUUACGCUUUCGGGUGUUUUGUGUGCUUGUGCUGCCGAAUUUGCAGUGUUUGAGUGCAGGCAGUUGCAUGCUUUUGCAGUUAAGACGUCGAUGCUUGGGAAUAUGUUUGUGGGUACUGCGUUGCUUGAUGUUUAUGCGAAAUGUAGUUUGUUGGAGGAUGCGAUUCGGGUUUUUGAGUAUAUGCCUGAAAGGAGUGUCGUGACUUGGAGUACGAUGGUGGCAGGGUAUGUGAAGAAUGAGCUUUACGAGGAAGCAUUGUUGAUUUUUAGGAAAAUACAGGUUACGGGAGUUGAAUUUACUCAGUUUAUUAUCUCUUCGGUUCUUGCUGCUUGUGCUGCUAUCGGUUCUAAAAUUGAAGGAAUUCAGGCACAUGCGGUGUUGUUUAAGACGGGAUUUACUCUUAACUUCUUUGUGUGUUCUUCUCUUGUAGAUAUGUAUUCCAAAUGUGGAAGCAUUAACGAAGCUUAUCUAGUGUUCUCGUUUGCAGAAGAUAAAGACGUUGUUUUACUGAAUGCAAUGAUUUCUGGGUUUUCAAGACAUGGUCGGUCCAUGGAAGCAAUGAUGUUGUUUGAGAAAAUGCAGCAGAUUGGAUUACAACCAAACGAGGUUACGUAUGUCUCUGUAUUGUCUGCUUGUGGCCAUAUGGGAUUGGUUAAAGAAGGGAAGAAAUACUUUGAUAUGAUGGUAAAAGAACAUAAUAUAUCACCUAAUGUUUUCCACUACUCUUGCAUGGUUGAUGUUCUUGGUCGAACAGGUCUGAUUGAUGAAGCUAAGAGCAUGAUAGAUAAAAUGCCGUUUGUGGCAACUGCGUCUAUAUGGGGAUCACUUUUAAGCUCAUGCAGAGUCCAUGGAAAUGUUGAAUUGGCCGAGAUUGCUGCUAAACAUCUGUUUGAGAUUGAACCCGAUAAUGCAGGAAACCAUAUUUUGCUUUCAAAUAUUUAUGCUGCAAAUAGACAGUGGGACGAUGUAAUACAGGCAAGAAAGCUUCUUAAGGAAACAGAAGUAAAAAAAGAGAGGGGUCAGAGUUGGAUUCAAAUCAAAGACAAGGUUCAUGCGUUUAUGGUCGGAGAUGGAAACCAUGAUAGAAUCGGCGAAAUUUAUUCAAGAUUGGAGGACCUAUUGGAAGAAAUGAGAAAACUUGGUUAUAGAUGUGAGACUCAACAUGACUUGCAUAAUGUUGAAGAUAAUCAGAAAGAGGAACUUUUAAGGCACCACAGUGAGAGACUUGCGCUUGUGUUUGGAUUAAUGUGCUUACCUUCUUCUGUUCCUAUAAGAAUUAUGAAGAAUCUCAGAAUCUGUGGGGAUUGUCACGUUUUUAUGAAGCUUGCAUCUAAGAUAACAGGAAGGGAGAUUGUGGUACGUGAUACAAAUCGAUUUCAUCAUUUUAGGAAUGGGUUUUGUUCGUGCGCAGAGUUUUGGUAAUCGAGUUUGGUUUAUAUAAAUGUUAUAUAUUAUGGUACUAAUCAAGUAAUUUAGAAUGCAAGACAACAGAAUCGUCAUAGCAAGUGGCUGGGAAGCACUGAUGUAAAUAAUUGAUGGGAUGUGAAGAUGAAAUUUGCAACUCAAAGAGACUUAUGCCUUCAAGAAUCACACACCAGGCCGGGUGCAUAACUAAUAAUAUAUGGUAAUAUUUCAUGAUAUUUGAUGUAAUACAAGAUACACAAAAGGGUUUUAAAUGGACCUGUCCAUCUGCUUCACAAUGGGAAAAUUCUGUUUUUUGUAUUUCAGGU